AUGGAAUGGCUGCUUUCCAUCUACAUGCCCCAAAGUUGGUCGACGCCGACGUACGAGAAAUCAGUUAAGGUUAAGGUGUGGUCUUGCAUCGCCACCGUCAAAAUGGAGCGUGCAUUGGAAGAUCGCGUCCGGGCGGUGAAACAACUGGCAUCACUUGCUGAGCAAAACGAUGAGUAUAAGAACAUUAUUUAUGAAGAAGACGGAGAACCGUCUUUACAAAGGCUUUUAAAAGAGAAAAUAUCUUUGGAUGCUCAAAUCAUGGCUGUCAAAACACUUUGCCUUUUAGCUAACGAGAAGGACAGGAAAAGGGUUAUUAUGAAGGAAAUGGUUUCUACAAUCUUAAGUCAUUUAUCAAGAACAUCAGCGAUGUCUGAUCAAAUUCAAGCAGCCAAUUUGGUUACCGGCAUUGCUGAGCAUAACCCAGAAUUGAAGGAAUACGCUUUAAUCAGAGAGAAUGUGAUAUGGCAGCUGGUUACAUUGUUGUCACCUGCAGGUGAUACUAAACCGAAUCCGAAAUUGAAACUUAGUUGUUCCAGGGCUUUAUGGAUGCUUGUUCAAGGGAGCAUUUCAAAUUGUAAGACAUUGACGGAGACAAAAGGAAUGCUAUGCUUGGAGAAAUCACAGCCUGAAUCAAAUAAUGAAUUUAGACAUUCCACCUUUAAGAGUUCUUCUUCGGCUGCAAAGGCAGUUGUCGAUGAGCUAUUGAGGGUAAUCAAAGAAUUCGACAAAAUGAAACUGAGAAUUCCGGCGAUCAAGUCGGUUCAUUGGCAAGGACUUUUUCAGCGAAAGAGUGCCAAGUAA